AUGAUGAAAUGUUUGAGCAUAUUUCAUUCAAAAUCUUCACCGGAGCCAAAAGAAGAAAAUCCUCCAAAUCUUAGGAAUGCUACCAGUAAUUUCAACAAGCUUUUAAAGAUCGGAGAAGGUGGGUUUGGGUGUGUUUACAAAGCAAGAAUCCGACUUUCUGAAACUCAAAAGGAUCCUCUUGUGGUUGCGAUUAAACGGCUUAACAAACAGGGCAUGCAGGGUCAUAAAGAAUGGCAAACAGAAGUUCAGUUUCUUGGCGUGGUCGAUCACCCCAACCUUGUAAAACUUCUGGGAUAUUGCUCCGUUGAUGGUGAUCGGAUGCAAAGAUUACUGGUUUACGAAUACAUGCCAAACAAGAGCUUAGCAGUUCAUCUUUUUAGCCAAACUCUGCCACCACUUCCAUGGAAAACGAGGCUUCAAAUCUGCCUUGGCGCAGCCGAGGGUUUGGCUUAUUUGCACGAAGGGCUGGAAAUUCAGGUGAUAUUUCGUGAUUUCAAGACUUCGAACGUGUUAUUGGAUGAGAAAUUCAACCCGAAGCUUUCUGAUUUCGGUCUUGCUAGAGAAGGUCCUCAAGGAGACCGAAGUCAUGUAUCUACAAUGCCUGUUGGGACUUAUGGAUACGCUGCCCCAGAAUACGUUGAAACGGGACAUCUGAAAUCGAAAAGUGAUGUAUGGAGUUUUGGAGUUGUACUGUUUGAGAUCCUAUCGGGCAGGCAGGCAGUGGAUAGAAACCGACCCAAAGGCGAACAAAAGCUUAUCGAAUGGGUCAAACUAUUCCCUGCUGAUAGCAAAAGCUUUCGGAUGAUUAUGGACAAAAGAUUAAACAAUAAAUAUUGUGUGGAUGAUGCUAGAAGCAUUGCGAAAUUAGCUGUUAGGUGCUUGUAUAAGAACCCUGAUGACCGACCUACAAUGAGACAAGUGGUCAAGGGGUUGAGAGACGUGAUCAGUGACUCCCAAAUUGGACUUGUAUAUGACAAAUAGAGUCAUGUUUUUGAGUCAUUUGUAAAGGGUCAUGUAUCUAUGAGUAUAUUGUUUUUCUAAUAAAAAGUUUCUAUGGUACGAUACCACUUGGAGCAUAUGCAUUAAAGCUUGUACCACGUGCAUUUAUGGUUGUACAAUGUAAAUCAACACUUCAUCUUUUUGGUCAAAAGUGGCAUCCUAGUCCAGCCAGCCUGAUUGAUC